AUGGACGACAACAAACCGUCCCUCCCUUCCCAGAACACAAGGAACGAGCCUUAUGGCGACCCCUUCGCUGACCGCACUCGUCAGACCCACUUUGACGACCCGGAGCCACUCUCACAACCAGUUCCAUCCAUGCCUCGCCCCUACGACAGUCACAUAGAUCUGGGAGCUGGAGGAGGCCACGACGCGUAUGAAGACGAAGACUACAUCGAGAAGCAACCUUUGAACGUCGGCCAAAACUUCACUGGUGGUUUUUAUCCUCCUCCACCGCUGGACCCAUCCGCCUAUGGUGAUCCAUACGCAUCCGGAAGGCCCGAGUCCGUGCUCUCAACAUCCACCAACGGCAUUGAAAGCGCGUGGAGAAGGAGACAAACCAUUAAGCGCGGUGUGACUCGCAAGGUCAAGCUCACCAACGGAAACUUCAUUGCGGAAUACGCAGUCCCCACUCCCGUCUUCUCUGCUAUCGAGCAACGAUACACGACCACUAACACGACUGAAUUCUCGCAUAUGCGGUAUACUGCCGCCACAUGCGACCCCGACGAAUUCACGGAGGCCAAUGGGUGGUCAUUACGCCAGAAGUUAUACAACCGCGACACGGAAAUUCUUAUUGCUGUCACGUCGUAUAAUGAAGACAAGACCCUUUAUGCGCGCACGCUUCAUGGCGUUAUGCUUAACAUUCGUGAUAUCUGCCGUACGAAGCAGUCCAAAUAUUGGCGACGCCACGCGGAAGAAGGCAGUGAAGGCUGGAAGAAGAUCACAGUCGCCCUUAUUGUCGAUGGACUAGAACCAAUGGACAAGAGUGUACUUGACAUUUUGGCCACCACUGGUGUAUACCAAGACGGUGUGAUGAAGAAGCAAGUCGAUGGAAAGGACACCGUGGGGCAUAUCUUUGAGUACACCACUCAACUCUCAGUGGACGCCACACCUCAACUCGUUCUUCCACAAGCCAAUGACCCCAACAAUCUGGUGCCAGUCCAAAUUAUUUUGGUUUUGAAGGCAAAGAACCAAAAGAAGAUCAACUCCCAUCGAUGGCUCUUCAACGCGAUUGGGAAAAUACUCAACCCUGAGAUCUGUCUCCUCAUCGAUGCUGGUACCAAACCCGGUCACAAAUCCAUCUACCAUCUCUGGGAGGCUUUCUACAAUGACCCCAACCUUGGCGGAUGCUGCGGUGAAAUCCAUGCCAUGAUCAAGGGGGGCAAGAAACUCCUGAACCCUCUUAUUGCUGCUCAGAACUUCGAGUACAAGAUGUCGAACAUUCUCGACAAGCCUCUCGAAAGUAGCUUUGGCUACGUGUCCGUUCUUCCUGGUGCAUUCUCAGCUUAUCGAUUCCGCGCUAUCUCGGGUCGGCCGCUGGAACAGUACUUCCAUGGUGAUCAUUCAUUGGCCGACCGUCUCGGCCAGAAGGGCAUUUAUGGCAUGAACAUUUUCACGAAGAACAUGUUUUUGGCGGAGGACCGCAUCUUGUGUUUCGAACUUGUUGCGAAGGCCAAUGAUCGCUGGACUUUGACCUAUGUUAAACCCAGUAAGGCCGAAACAGAUGUGCCGGAGACAGCGGUCGAACUCAUCGGCCAACGCCGCCGCUGGUUGAACGGCUCAUUCGCCGCCUCUGUUUACUCGCUUGUACACUUCUUCGCUUUCUACCGGUCUGGCCAUGGUGUUAUCCGCAUGUUCUUCCUUCACAUCCAGGCUCUGUAUAACUUCUUCCAACUUGUAUUCUCCUGGUUUGCCCUCGCCAACAUAUGGCUCACAUUCAGCAUCAUCAUCGACCUCCUUCCCGACAAAGGCAUCUAUCUCUUCGGCACGGCUACUGUCACUCACUGGGUCAACUUGUCUUUCAGAUGGAUCUAUCUCUCCUUCCUUGCCCUGCAGUUCAUUCUUGCAUUGGGUAAUCGACCGAAGGGAGAGAGAAUACCAUACGCUGCGACGUUCUGGGUCUAUGCCUUCCUUGCGGUUUAUCUUCUGGUGUGCUCUAUCUGGCUCACGGUCAAGUCAUUCGCAGACAUUCCGAACCAACUGCAAGGAAAGUCGUCAGGUGAAGUCAUUGCAUCCUUCUUCGAGCCUCCUAUUGGUGCUUUGAUUGCUGCUAUGAUAUCAACGUUUGGCAUCUAUUUCACGGCGUCGUUCUUAUACCGCGACCCAUGGCACAUGUUCUCGAGCUUCCUCCAAUAUCUGUGCAUCGCACCCAGCUUCACCAACAUCCUCAACGUUUACGCCUUCUGUAAUCUUCACGACGUGUCGUGGGGAACGAAAGGGAGCGAUAAAGUAGAAGCCCUUCCAUCCGUAUCUUCUUCGAAAGGAAAAGAUGCGGAAGCAGCCGUCGUCGAGGACAAGACGGCGGUCCAGGCAGACGUCGACGCUGCCUUCAAGGAGACCGUCUCGCGGGCUCUUACCCGGAUUGACAAGAAGGAGGUGCCGGAAAAGCCGAAUAUGGACGACCAGAACAAGACCUUCCGUACGCGGCUGGUCGCUGUCUGGAUGCUCACGAACGCCACGCUGGCGAUUGCGAUUGAGAACGUUAACGGUGUGCCAAAUCCCGAUCUAGCUGUAGACCAACAAGAUCUGCGGAAAAAGCAGAGCACGUACUUCGCAAUCAUCCUCUACUCGACCUUCGGCAUCUCGUUGGUUCGGUUCAUUGGAGAGGAAUCUCUUCAGGUGGUUCCGCAAAAACUAGUCAAGAUCUUCACGACGCGAUGCAUACAUAUAUCCACCAGUAUUGGACUGGACAUUUUUUUGGCAUUCUUGGACUUUGCUACUGUUACGAGGAUAUGCUUGUUUACCUUCCCAUACCAGUCCCCGAACGAUUGGACUGGGCUUUUCUGGCCAGGUAGCUAG